AACGACAGCUUCCAUCACUUGUCACCCACAGCCAUGUGCGAGUGGUACCGCCGCAACUAUGCCUGCGGGCACCACUUCACGGGCGCCUCCGAGUGGUGCUACCGAUACAGCCAGACGCAGAAACGCUGCAAGGUCGUCGUGACCCAGGUCGACUACGACUCGUCCGUGUGCAAGAGCUGUAUGAAGAAGAGCGCCAAAACACAAGUGCCCUGGGAGCACAUGAUUGACCGCUCCAAAUUCGACCCGAACCGAGACGAGUGAGACGUCCAAAGAAGACAAAAAUGAUGAUCAAAAAAAAAAUUCACAACCAAAAGACGCUUCGAAUGGCGCGGGUGCCCUGGGGGCACAUGGUCAACGGCUCCGAACUCGAACCCAGAAGACCGAUGACGAGACAGAUGCCGAAAACGAAGAAAGAAAAAAGGGGCCACGGAACGCGGCUCACUGAACUGAAUACUCCCCGGACGGCGCGGAUACGAUGGAGCGCGGCGGUUCUCGCAAGGUGUCGCGAUGAACGGGACAGGUGGGCGGUAAUUGGGACUGGUGUAUCGGCGACUUGCUUAUCAGAGCACAUGGACGGGAGUGGCGCUCCUUUAUACCCAUUUGAUUUUGGAACCGGCGUAUGUUUCCCGGACGGAUGUUACACCUGGAGUUUUAGCUCCUCACAAAAAAGGCGGUUGAUGCUACGCAUCAGAUAUGAAUGCUGUUUGGUUAGAUUUCGUACCAAUAAUGGCCGCGUUGGGCUUUGUCACAUUGCUCUCCCGUUUUACCUCGUGCCCACCGCGCUCAAGCUGCCAGCAGCUACCCGGAACGAUGAGUCCCGGAUCGCAUUGGGCCUCAACCCGAAGUCGUAUUGAGCCGUAUAGGUGGCAAUACGGGGGCGGUACUUCUCGGGUAACAUGAAAGCCGGCACACUGACUGCAACAAGCUAGAGCAAGAGACCAACAACAACGACGUAGUCUCAGUGCCUAGACGAAUCGAAUCGAAAGGCAGGAUGGCCUAUUGGG